UACGCAAAAUGAAGGCUUCAUUUUCAAAAUGAUUUGAAAAUGGAUUAUUCCGCCUCAUUGGAUCCAUCAGACAAGCUCAAUGAUGAUGAGCAGGGACAGAAGCAUCAAGAGGGGAAAGUUUAAGCUCCUCUUUGCCUAAUUAUUUUCUUAAAAAACAUGUAACGAAGAUUAAAAAUGAUCGUUGUUUUGUUUAGGAAUGAAUCAUGAAAAGCGUUAUUUUUAAUGCCGGCCCGUGGCUGAAAGUUCAAUGUGGAGUCGGUGCGUUCUCAUGAUUGGCUGCAGCCUGUUGCCCAACGCGGUGGGGGCGGGAGUCGGAUAAAGAGGAGCAUCCCGCCCGACAGCAAACUAAAAAGUGAAAUCCGAGCAUCAUGACCGGCAAGGACGGAUCCGUGCUAUCCGACGCCGAGAAUAAGCAGACAACCGGCGGCCACGGAGGACCGCAGCAGCAGCCGCCUCUCGUUUGCAAGAUGCCCCCCGCGGCGCACCGUCGGACCGGCUUCGGGAUUCAGGAGCUCCUCGGGCUGAACAAGGAGCCUCCGCCGCCGCCCUCGCUGCUGUCGCCGGCCGCGGCCGCCGCGCUCAGGCGGCCCCUGGAGGCCCUGCCGCACCGGGGCCACGUCCUGGCGGCCCGUUCGGCGCUCGGCCACGGCGCGCUGGGCGUCGGCCUGUUGGGCCCCGAGGGCAUCCACUCGUUUUAUAGCCAGCCCGCUUUCCUGGAGGUGCUGUCCGAAGCGCAGAACGUGCACCUGCAGCCGUUGCACGCCAGGGCCAACGCGCGUUUGGACGGGCACAAUUCGACCAGCUCGGAUUCUGAUGACAUGAGUCUUCCCUCGAAUGAUAAGAAGUUCUCCAAAACCUCAUUGAGCCAAAGCAAGAAAAGGAAAAAAAGACGACACAGAACAAUUUUCACCUCCUAUCAGUUGGAAGAAUUGGAAAAAGCCUUCAAUGAGGCCCACUACCCGGACGUGUACGCAAGGGAGAUGCUCUCCAUGAAGACUGAGCUGCCUGAAGAUAGGAUACAGGUGUGGUUCCAGAAUCGGCGGGCCAAGUGGCGGAAGAGGGAAAAGUGCUGGGGGCGCAGCAGCGUGAUGGCCGAGUACGGCUUAUACGGCGCCAUGGUGCGACACUCCAUCCCGCUACCGGAGUCCAUCCUCAAGUCGGCCAAGGAGGGCGUCACCGAGUCGUACGCGCCCUGGUUACUAGGUAUGCACAAGAAGUCUGUGGAAACGCCGCACUCCCCCCUGGACGAGAGGAACGGGGGCGCCCCCACGCCGCCGAUACGGGAGAAAGCGGAGGGGCCCGAGGAAAAGGGGCGUACGGACGGCAACAGAGACGAACUACGGGUGCACAGUAUCGCUGUGCUGCGAGCCAAAGCGCAGGAGCACAACGCCAAGAUACUCAGCAAGUGUGAGGACAAAACCGAGGAUGAGACGGACAACUAAGAAUGUUUUUUUGGGGGCGGGGGACGUUCUUCUUACCUCCUCUGCAGGCUUAAAACUAAAAUACAAGACAUUGAAUUUAUGCGGUGAACCCUCCAAUUCGUCUAAUUUACAUUUCUUAUACUGUUUUGACGGAAAAAAAAAAAACUUCAUUAUUGCACUAUAAUGUAAUAAAUUUAAGGUAAAAGUGCAAUGUUUAAUCGUGAAACGUUUCGCAUUUCAUCGUGAUAAAUUUCAUGUUAAAAUGUGAUGUUUCAUGUUUUAAAGCAACAAUAGGAAACUUUUCAACCUUUAUAAAAUAUAUUCAUAACAUUUAAUAUGUCGACUGACAACUAGUUGAAUGACACCUCUUUUAUAACUUUGGGGAGGGUGGCAAGAACCCUGCCACACAAAACAAACUACAAAUGUCAACGCCAACACUUUCGCGCAAAUUCUUCAAAGACGGCAGAGCAACAAAAGAGACAAAAAGUUUUUUCUGAUGAGGGAAAAAAAGGGAGGCUACCAGGAUACUCAAGAAUAAACUUUGGACCUGCUUUCACUCACUGGAGUCAAUGCUGACGAGUUCUGGUGGUGGGGGUUAGCCACAGUUUCUCACCGUCAUAUGCUAUUGUUUAGCCAAAACUGGAUUCAUUAUCUAAUUACUAUUCAUCCUUCCACUGCCGCUGGAAACAGAAAUGUCGUUUAAUACAUCAGCAGGCGACCGGGAAAUCAUGAUUUUACGACACUUUGCGGAUGUGCGCAGGUCCUCAUCAGAAACGCAGUCUUCCCUAAAGCAAAACAAUACCGCUUUUGUCCACCGUUGUCGCUAAAAUCAACCAAAACUGAAAAGUUACCUGUUGUUGCCUUAACUUGGGAAGUUUUGACAUUUUUAACGUGAAGAAUUUAAUGUUAAAAUGCAUUUUUCUUGAGAAAUUUCUUGUUAAAGAAAAAAAAUCCAUGUAGUAAGCUUUACAUUUUACUUCCACGUUUGCCAAAACAAUACAAAGCUCUGAAAUCUUUUUUAAGGACUUGGCAUUAUUAUUAUUUUUUAAAAUUAUUAUUCUUUUUACAAUAAUAUAGAAAAAAGUUACAUUGCUAGCACCGUAAUUUUCGGACUAUAAGUUGCUACUUUUUUCCCUCAUUUUGAAUUGCUUUAUAGUCCAGUGCGGCUUAUUUGUUGAUUUAUUUGGGUUAAUAGGUAACACUUUAUUUGACGGCGGCAUCAUAAUACUGCCAUAAGACGGUCAUAAUUAUGACAUGACAUUAUCAUGAGCAUUAAUGAAUGCUUAUGACAGAUGUCAUUAAGUGUCAUCCGGCAAAUUAUGUCACUAACUCCAUUAUGUCCAGUUCGGAUCUUUUACACCCGUUCAAAAGCGAGAUAAUUUGCUGGAUGACACAAAAUGACAUCGGUCAGAAGCAUUCAUUAAUGCUCAUGACAGUGUCAUGUCAUAAUUCAGAUGGUCUUAUGACAGUCUUAUGGCGCCAAGUGUUACCAAAUUCCAUAACUAGCAAUGAAUGAAACAACUAGAACAGUAACUGAAGAAAUAAUUAGCACAGAACAUCAAUUUUGAUUUGUUAUUUACAUCUGAAGCGCUGCAAUACAUGCUAGGAGGCAUUUUGGACGACAACAGUGUUGACAGCAGGUGGCAUUAGAGGUUGACGGUCUUCCCCAAGAGAAUUGUGAUGGCCAAAUUGAAGCUUCUUGAAGCUUUGAAUCCAAUUGGUUCAAAGUAAAGGGUCCGAUCACGUCAUUUUCAAAGUAUCGGCAUCGGCAAAAAAAUAUCGGACAUGCCUUUUUUUAAUAAAUACAUAUUGUUUAUAUUAAAUCGUUUUCUAAUUGUAUUUAACGUUGCAGACAAAAUGUCUUACACUCAUCCAGAGUCUUUAGUUUUGGCUUAAAAUAGGGCUAUCAAAUUUAUCGCGUUAACGGCGGUAAUUAAUUUUUUUUUAAUCAAUCACGUUAAAAUAUUUAACGCAAUAAACGCAUGCGCUGCACGACCCACUCACGCAUUGUCGCGUUCAAUCUAUAAUGGCGCCGUUUUACAUAUAUAUACAGCUAAAAGGCAGCGCAAAUUGAGUAGAGUGAAUUUUGGCAGCCUUUGGAGCCUUUUUUUAAUUGGCUAAAGCCUUACAAUCCCUCUCUCAACAAUUAGAAAUAUCGUGGGAAGCAAUGUGGGGUAGAAAUAUAGUAGUUAUUUUUCUUAACACCCUAUGUUAUUUCCCAACGCGGAGAAGAUAUAUAUAUUAAUUGGUGCCACUACGCACAGUCAUGGUUGCACUUCCCAUCAUGCAUUUGAGCAGAACAGUUAAAUGGCUACAGUAUCAUUUACUGAAACUCAACAAAUACACUAGAUGGCAAUAUUUAGUCACAAUAUACAAAGUCACAUUUAUCCUUUGAGAAUUACAAGUCUUUCUAUCCGUGGAUCCCUCUCACGGAAAGAAUGUUAAUCAUGUAAAUGGCAUCUUGAGGAUUUAUUGUCAUAAUAAACAAAUACAGUACUUAUGCACUGUAUGUUGAAUGUAUAUAUUCGUCCGAGUUUUAUUCAUUUUUCUCUUAAUGCAUUGCCGAAAUGUAUAUGAUCGGGGAAAAAUUCUCGGGAAUGAUUGGAAUUGAAUCGGUAGCAAAAAAAGCAAUCGGAUCGGGAAAUAUCGGGAUCGGCAGAUACUCGAACUAAAACGAUCGGGAUAGGAUCGGGAGCAAAAAAAAAACAUGAUCAGAACAACCCUAGUUCAAAGCUUCAUGGUGGUUCAUUUGGUCUUUUGACAGUCUUAUGUUUUGGUGUAAAUAUAAUACGGCGAGAACAGCUGUGGCUUAUCUAUGAAAAAAUGUCGUUUUCGUGUCAAACUUGAUGAGUGGCGGCUUAUAGUCAGGUGCGCCUUAUAGUGCUAAAAUUACGGUAACUCAUGAAACAAAAAAGACCAACCUGAGCCAAAUGUGGAAGCCAAAUUACUCACACUAAAACCUUGCAAUGACAGCGAAUAAGUCCAAAAUCACUAGUUCAUUUGAUUCUGAAGAAAAACAAAGAUUUAGCUACUACUUGCUUCUUCGCCAUCAUUUUGUCGCCAUCUUCUGGUAAUCCAGCGAACAUAAAACUGCAAAACAGCUCAAAAAGUGAUCAAUUUGGCGACUUUCUGAAUUGGCAAGGGUUUACUGUAUGUUCAAUGUUUUGUUCUCCACACUUUGUGAGAGCCACCACAAAGAAUUGGUCACGCUGUGACUUGGACCUCAUUUGCUGGCAAGCUCACUAAACUUCAAUGUGAAAAACAACCUCCUCAAAAGUGUAUCAUAGUUACAUUUUCUGUGUUUGUCUUUGUAUAUAUGUAUGCAGUCUGAUUAAAAUGGGAUAUUUAACAACAGGAUUGAAAAGCUUGUUCUCACUUUUCGUUAUUGUGCUGCGUUC